AGCGCUAGACUACUACCCUCCCUUCCGCGUCCCCGUUUCUCUCUCUCUCUUGUAAAUUCACAGUAGGGGGGUGAGAACUGAGAAGAGGGGUAAAAGGAGAUGAAUACUGAUUAGUGUGGUAUUUAAUUGUACGAGCAUGCUUUUUGGUGGAGAGAAGAACCUGAUGCCCCUUUGAUGUGUGAGUGGGUGGUGCUGUUUUCUCUUCCACUGCUGAGUUGAUGAAUCAAAAGAAGGGGAACAGAUAUCAUCAUCUUUUGAUUUGCUGAUUGUGUGUCUCUCUAUUUUUGGGUGGUGGAGGUGGGGUUGUUUUGAGUUGAGGAUCUUUGUGGAGGAGGAGAGGCCUUUUAGGCUACUGUUAUGCUGAAGGUUAAGAAUAAGGAGAAGAUUAGCAGGGAGAGACAGCUUAUCAGCAGAUGUUAUCCAUUGAAAACCCUCCACCUGCAGAUCCCCCAUGUUCUCAGCUAACCUCUCCACUGAAAAGUAGUAGUGGUGAUGAAAGGGAUUCUUCUUCUGGUAAGCUUGUUGAGAAGGUAGAUCUGUCCCAGUCAGCCCUUGAUGACAAAAACAGCAAUAAUCCACCCUCAAAUUUCUCCAUAAGGGAUUAUGUUUUUGGCUCCAGGAGCAAGAAUAUCAAGACCAAUUGGCCUUUUUCUCAGAAAUGUUUCCAGCUUUGUUUGGAUCAUGGUGUGAAGGAAUUGUUGCCACCUUUUCAGUCUGUUGACAAUUUGAGAAACCAGCCUGUGGUUGAAAACACCUCGGUUGUUGAUAAACAGAAUAUAAUCGUUUCAGAUGGAGAUUGCUGCAGGCCAAGUGAUUAUUCCUUGCCUGUUACUUCUCGCGAUUCUGAAUUAGCUUCUGAAUCUGUUAACAUAAUAAAUUCAGUCCGAUCUGAAGGAGAUAAAGCCUAUCCUUUAGCAACAACUAGCCAGUCUUGUUCAGAAAUUGAUUCUGUUCCUGCUACUAGGAGUUCUUGCUUGGAAUUUGGAACUAAUAUCCUGCCAGAAUCGACAAAAACGCGAGGACCAAACAAGCUUCCUUCAGCUAAGAAGUGCAGCUUAACAGUCAAACUGAGCAACCCAGCAGCCCAAAGUGCAGAAGAAGAUACCAGAACUAGUAAUUUCACUAUUUCAGAAUCAAUGGCUUCAAAAACAUGCCCGGUUUGCAAGAAUUUUUCAUCCUCUUCAAACACCACUUUGAAUGCCCACAUUGAUCAGUGUCUUUCUAGUGAGUCAACAAUCAAGUGGACUUCGAAUUGUGAAGUGAGCAAGCAUAGGAUGAAGCCAAGGAAAACAAGACUGAUGGUGGAUAUCUAUGAAACUGCUCUAAGCUGCACGUUGGAAGACCUUGAUAGAAGAAAUGGAACAACCUUUGCUGUUUACCCGAGCAUUGCUGUUGCAGAAGAGACGGAUGGAUGUGCUGAUAAUAAAACUGAAAAUCUGUCACCCAUGAAUCUUGACAAAACAUGCGAUGAAGGUGCAGUCUAUAUUGAUGCCAAUGGAACUAAGCUUCGGAUUCUUUCAAAGUUCAAUGAUGGAGAAGCUGGAUGCUCAAGGGUUUUCCAUGAUUCUGCUCCUAAGAAAUUUGUAAAUGAUAAGGGGUCCAAAUUCCUUUCUACCAAGAAGAAGAAGAAGCAUAAGAGUCAUGCCCAGAAAUAUCACAAAAUUCUGAAAUCUGCUGCUUACAGCAAAAAAGUUUGCUCUCGCAGUCCACACAGUUCAGAGAUUGACAGUGCUCGAGAAAGAAGUUUCGUUCGGAAGCAAAAUACUGAGAAAGGGGAAUGCCUGACCCAGCACCUAAGAUCUCAAGAUAACAGUAAGUUCAGUGGAUCGGGAACCAUAAGACAAUGGACAUGUUCCAAGCGCACUGGUGUGACAAGGAAGAUGUUUGAUCAUCAAGGCUCGGGAGGUGGCUUGGGUAAUGAAGUGCAUGAGCGUCCGGGUAACUCAUAUGCCAACCGGACCUGCAGUUUGAGACCCCUAAACUCACCUGUAAAGCCGGCUUGUUUUCAGAAAAGCCACAAGAGAUUAGAGGAUGAUGAUCACAGUGAGCAGCCUUAUUUGAGAAAGACUCCGUUGGUAGACUCUCAAAUAUCUCACAGGAAUAAGAGAUCUGUGCUACAAAAGCGCAAAGCAAAGUAUUUUAGAGCAGAUGACCAUUCAGCCCAUCACAGUGGUCGGGGCACUGCCAAUGAUUUUAACCGUGCUUCCUCUCAAAGGAAUUUGAUAUCUGAUGGGAAUGCAGUUCCACUGAGGAAUGCUGAUAAUAAUUUCACUGUCAACUGUAAAACAUCUACCUAUAGUCAUGCAUUCUCCUCAAAGGCUAAGAAGUUCUCAUCCCUAAGGAAGGACCUUUUGUUGGUUAGCCAAGCAUCUGGUCCUGAAUGCAGACUUAAGAAAUCCGAGGUUCCUUGCAUGUCCAAAUCCGAUGAAGAAGAAUAUGAUGAACAAUAUGAUUCAGCAGAUAACCGGAAUGAAUUUCAAGCCAGACAGGAUGAAGCUUUUGUUAGGAGUGAUGCUAAGACAUCCAAGGUAUUGAAGAUCAGAAAGAAGAGGGAGGAGUCAAAGAAGGAUGAAAUUGUGGGCAUUAGGGGUUCACAUUGCACUGCUGAGCCUUGUAUUCAAGAUACUGGGAAGAAUAAUAGCUCUUCCUUCAGUUUUGAUUGUGAUUCGGCAGGUGAAUCUGAUGAUCUAGCAUGUGCUGAGGAUGAUGAUACUGAAACUAACCGGAUUGACAAUGAAAUUGAGACAUCCUCAGACUUGGCUGCUGGUAGAAACUUCAUCAGUUUUAGCAAACAUUCUGGAAUCGAUAGUCCUCCUAAAUCUCAUGCUGAUGCACAGUUAUUUGGCGAGGAGUUUGAAAGGCCCUUUGUUUGUGGUCAAACACCUCCACCCAUGCUAGUUUCGGGUGAUGAUCAAGAGAUGUUUUCUGCAGCUGAUAUUGGCAAGACUGUUGUUCCACCGGAUAUACAUGUAGAUACUGAGCUCGAGUCUAGUGAGUUCCAUGGGUAUUAUCAUCUUGAGGUUGACCCAAUUCCUAUACCAGGACCACCUGGAUCCUUUUUACCGAGUCCUGGUCGUAUGUGUUCAGAAGACCUUCAAGGAAAUUCAUCACUGACCAGCAGCAGACUUCAAUCUUCUGAAGACCAUCCUGAGUUAGUUGAUAGGGAUUCAUCGGAUUCCCCAGUUUCUGCUACAUCUACACUCUCCAACUUCACGGUGGCCAGAUCCGAUUCCAGGUCCUCAGAGAAGUCAGCUGGAAAUACAAGGCUUUAUUCUGGCAUAGAAAAGAACAAAUCCAGCUUCUCCAAUGAUAGCAUUGAUCCUGUAGUGGAAAAUUCUGCAGUUCUUGGGACCAUAAAUGCAGGUGAGGAAAGGUGUGACUUAGAUGAUAUGAAGAUCAAUGUUACGUUGCCUAAAAAGGGUUUCAGAUUUAAAAGUGAUCAGCCAUGCUGUUGUGCACGCAAGGAGGGAGCAUCUCAAAGUUUUGCUUUGAGCUAUCAAGACUCACCACUUUUGCAGCGGCGAACCAUGUCUUCUACCCCACUUCCUGCGAGUGAAAAGCUACAGAGUGGCGAUUCUUCAAGUAGAAGACCUGAUAACCCCAGUUUUGUGGUUAAUAUGGAGGAUCCGAGUCCAAGUCCCCAGAUACACGAGACAAAUUUACCUAUUGUAUAUAAUCACACUAAAGUUUCUGCUGACACUGAGGUCAAGGUCCCAUGUCGCACUGAUUGUGGCUCGGUGAGUCCAUCUGCUUCUAAUCCUGUUCUCAGGCUGAUGGGAAAGAACUUAUUGGUAGUUAACAAAGAUGAAAGCUUAUCCCCACAAGAAAAGCCAUCCCAGAAGAAUUUCAUGACCGAGGCAAAUAUGCAGUUUUCAGCAGUUCCUGGAAUUCAUUGUGGGAACAACUUCCAAAGUGGGGAUCCUCAAAACUCUCAUCAUUCCGAUCCUCAGGGGUCUUUUGUUUCUCACUCGGCUAGGAUUCAGAAUCUUGAUGUCAGCUUGUCAAGUGGUUACAAAAGUCAUGGUAGUAGCUAUUCCACCACACCACAGAGGCUUCAUUCACCCAUGUUCUCAGGUAAUAAGAGUGUUGGCAGCGAUUUGAUGGGCUCCUUUGGUCGUCAUGAGGGGUACACUUUGAUCACUGAACAAAUUGGAUAUGAUCCCAAGACUCCAUUGUCAAGUUCUGUUGCUCAUACUCAGAAUGCAGGCUCUGGCAUCAGAGAAAUAAUCGUGAUCGAUGAUAAUCCAGAGAGUGAAGAUAAUACCGUAGUCCCUGAUGCCUCUAACGGCAAGGGAAUGAGAUAUCCAGUCAGCAUCCCAAUUCCCUCGGGCUAUAACCCAAACUAUGCAGAUCUCUACGGUUACAAGUCCCCCCACGAGCCCUCUUCCUACACUGGAUCAGGAGUUGUACGCAAUGCUAGUUUUGCAGCAGCUCGGGGAGUGAAUGCUUCUGCUGCCAUUCCUGUUCAGUGGAAUCGUUGCCCAGAAAGCUCGAGUACAGCCCACACGCGAUCUCUAACAUCUCCAUCAGACACCUCCAGGCAUCUUGGAUCUUCAGUGUACUAUACUCCGGGAUUCUCAUGACCUUCAAGCGUCUACUGACCAUAGAGAUCGAGUUGAAGUGAGUUGAUCUCUCCGGGGCCUGGCAUAAAAUAUAGGAAUCUGACAAAAGAAAAACCAAGCAAAAAUAGUUGAGCAGAUCAUGAGUUGUUAAUUGCUCUUCUUCCUUUACAUAAUAGUGUUUGUUGUUAUAUUAGUAAUAUAUAUACUACCUUAAAACUUGGUGUCGAGCUGUCUUUUUGGAGGCCUGUGUACAAACUUAUGAACUCUAUGCGUUUUUCUUAGAAAUCUAUUACCAAAAAUGCUUUAGUAUGACUGUAUUUUUUGUGAUUUUUCCCUUCAAAUAAGGAAGACAUUUCCAAGUCUAUCA